AUCAGUGAUGAUUCACAGGCGAUUUCCCGCGUCUUCCGCCUGGUGGAGCUGAACGGCACACGGCAGCGCGUGAGCUUGAGUCCAUCCUCCGGUUGAACUUUUUCCUCCACAUUUGGUAAUCUGACACCGACACUAACCCCAAAAAGCAGAGGAUGGAUUCCCAACUUCAUUCGCAAAAAUAGCUCAGCAAGAGCAGACGAGAAAACACGACCGAGGGAAAGGCGAACCUCUGAACGGAUUCGUUCACGCGCAUCGAUCCGUGAAGGGGCUUUUGGUUGGUGAUUAAAUGUUGACCGAAAAGUUUUUAUCUGAAGAGGCGGAUGGGUGACGACCAUUCUCUGCGCUUCCAUGUGAGGAGACGAUGAAGAAUCACAGCAGCAGUUCCCGUCUAAACAAUCACAGCGCGAGUCACGGCACAGAUCGGAACAGCAGGAGAGGAUUCUGGUUGUCGGCUCUCAGGCUUCGCUUCUCCCUGCGCGAUUAUGCUUUCUGCAUGGCCACACUGCUGCUCUUCUGCCUCGGCUCGCUCUUUUACCAGCUGAACGGAGGACCCCCUAAAGUUCUGCUGGAGAUCAGGCAGUAUCUCGGAGAAUCCACUUUUGUUGAUGACCACGGGCCUCCUACACCGAGGGAACUGCCAUUCCCAAGUCAGGUGAUCUACAACAGGGUUGGCAAGUGUGGAAGUCGGACAGUGGUCCUGCUGCUAAGGAUUCUGGCAGAAAAGCACCAGUUUAACCUGGUGUCCUCUGACAUCCAUAACAAAACCAGACUCACAAAGCAUGAGCAGGUCAGUGGAUGGGUGGAUUUGAUGACAAACAUUAGCAAUAUCCCACAGCCUUUUCUGUACACCAGGCAUGUUCACUUUCUCAAUUUCACCAGGUUUAGGAUAGAACAGCCUGUCUACAUAAACAUCAUCAGGGAUCCCAUUAACCGUUUCCUCUCCAAUUACUUUUUCCGUCGUUUCGGGGACUGGAGAGGAGAGCAGAAUCACCUGAUCCGCACACCCCAGAUGAAGGAUGACGAGAGAUAUCUGGACAUUAACGUGUGUAUCAUGGAGAACUACCCAGAGUGCUCAAACCCUCGCCUCUUCUACAUUGUUCCAUACUUUUGUGGACAACAUCCUCAGUGCAGGGAGCCGGGUAUGUGGGCAGUGGAGAGGGCCAAACAAAAUGUUAUAGAGAACUUUCUACUAGUGGGGAUUCUGGAAGAGCUGGAGGACGUAUUACUCUUGCUGGAGAGACUUCUACCUCACUACUUUAGUGAUGUCCUAACCAUCUACAAGAGUCCAGCAUUCUGGAAGAUGGGGAACCUUACAGGAACAGUGAAGAAGCACAUGCCUACUAUAGAGGCUCUGCAGGUACUUUACCAAAGGAUGAAGUACGAGUAUGACUUUUACAACUUUGUUCGUGACCAGUUCCAUCUCAUCAAGAAGAAGAUUGGCCUCAAGUCCUCCUCCCAGAACUCUGCUCAUGAACCUGACUUCCUCCGUGAGCUUGCCCUCAGGACCCAUGAGCCUUUGGAAGAGGAGGAGGAAGAGGAGGAGGAAGAUGACAUCGGCCAGGAAGAUGCCAAUAUAUGGUUGGUUCAGCCCUGAGUCAUAGUCAUGGUUUAAGCAUGGCAGAUGUCUCAUAAGCUUGGUGUCUACAUCCGACGAGGAGGUAGAGUCAACAUUCCCAGGUCAAAACUGGGUGUGUAAUAGUAAUCCCUGUGUUUUUAACGGGACGGUCCUUCAUGACACUGUUGUGGGAAGCACUGAAGGGUCUGAAUAGUUAUUUAAGGAACCAACAGUUACAUGUUUAGGAAAUUGAGCAGUUGGUUAUGGUCAUUUCCCAACUGGAAUUACAGGGAUGUUGCUGGAUUGUCAAAAUGAAGAGAAGAAUUAGCAGAUCGAGAUGCUGUGGAAGACUCCUUCAGACCACACAAUGGAGGCAAGUUAGGAUCAUAGCAAAGUGCCAAACCUUCAAAUUGCCAAGGUUUAAACCUAGAAGAUGAAGCUGUAAUCACCAGUCAGAUCCGAUCAGUUCAUCGAGACUUCCUCCUCUGGUUCCAGAAACCUGCUGCGAUACUGUGCCAGAAGUUCAGUGCUAAGACCUUUUUUAUAUUAAAAAUGAAAGGUGUUGUACAGUGAAUGUCUGCAAGAUGCAGCACAUGAUUGAGUGGAUGUUAAAGUUUUGAAAUUUAUUUUGCUUGGUCUGUCAUUGCAUUGGCCGUUGAGUUCCUAUUUGGACUUGAAAUUACAAUUCACGCUGAAAUGAAAAUGGAAAUUGUGUUUUUAGAGCAGCAAUGCAAUUUUGUCCAAUUGAUGAGCAGUGUGUAUUGCAGAACUAUUAGGAAAGAGUGUAUCACCCCAUAACUGUCUGCCAGUGGUUAAUGUUCUGGCAGAAUCAUGAUCUAAAACAAAGUAAACAAGGCCAUAAUAUUGAAGUGAAUCUAUUUUUGGAGGUAAAUGGAUGUGAUAAAGCAGGCUGUCAAACAGCACAUUGGAAAACAAGUUUGACAACAGGACAUCAAAACAAUGAAUGUGAAAAUUCUGGGGAGUAUUACUUUGUAAAUUACUUUUUUCUAAAUGAUUAACAUGACGCUCCACAGAUCAACACUUAUCCAGACGUAUGGAAGGUCCGUUUGUAUUCAUUACUGGUCAUGAAAACCUCAUGUUAAACUAUUCUGGUAAAGUGAAAUAAUUAAUACAAGACUACAUAGUUGUUAUAAUAGCUACAAGCUCUUGCAGAAUUUAACACUUCCCAUUUAAACUUGCCAGUACUUGUUUGUUUGUUUGUUGUGUUUAGUGUGUAUUUUUAUAUUGUUUAAUUUAUUGUAUACUGUUAAUUUUGAUGAUUGCAUUCCAUGUUCAAAUCUCAGGAAACCAAAAGAGUAGAUAUAUUUUUGUUUUUGCCAUCUAACAGCUGGAAAAUAUUAGAUCAUCUGAUGUCUACAUGUUACUAAAGGUCAGCUGGAGUGACCAAUCUUUAGAUACCAAAUCUGAAUGAAAUGGCUAACAUUUUACAAUUUAACUGCACCUUUACUGGGAAAGCUCUCAAAAUAAAAGCAUUUUAACAGCA